UGACACUCGUGAGUCAUUUGCGCUCCGUUCUCAGGAGUGACAGCUGAUGCCCGCUCAUGGACCACUGCUUGAACACCACAGGAUCUGUCCACGAUACACCUGACCACCGACACAUCUCCAGCCGCGUGCUACCUGUCCAUCAUCAUCGCCACAAACGAGCGUCUGUUUCCGCCUCUCUCCGCAUAACGCAUUACUCUUAGUUAUUUGCCAUGCCAAGCUGGAGGAGAAAUCUGACUUUUUGCCUGCAGAGAAUGCACGACGAAGAUGAUGGGCCAUACUCUAAGGGGAACAAAGACUCGACGGGGCCAGACAACUCGCUCACAUCCAGAAGACAAAGCAUCCCAGAACUGCGUGGGGUUACACUGGUUGAGCUGAUUAAGAAGGAGGGAAGCACUUUAGGUCUCACCAUCUCAGGCGGAACAGACAAGGAAGGCAAACCUCGCGUCUCCAACCUGCGGCCGGGUGGACUGGCGGCUAGGAGUGAUCAGCUCAAUGUGGGCGACUACAUCAAGUCAGUCAAUGGCAUCAACCUGACCAAGCUGCGUCAUGAUGAGAUCAUCAGUCUGCUGAAGAACAUAGGCGAGCGUGUCGUGCUGGAAGUGGAGUAUGAACUGCCUUCACCUGCGCCAGAUAGUACCUCAGGUGUUAUUUCCAAGACAAUCGAGAUCUGUUUGCAGAAAGAGGGCAACAGUUUCGGCUUUGUUAUGCGAGGUGGAUCCCAUGAGGACUGGCACAGAUCUCGUCCUUUGGUGGUCACACACGUCCGACCAGGUGGUCCUGCUGACAGAGAAGGGACUCUAAAAGCAGGGGAUCGGAUCUUAAGUGUGGAUGGUGUGGUUUUACACAGUGCCACUCUCAGUGAUGCUCUUACUGGUCUGACUCAGUGUGGCCAGGAGGCUCUGCUCCAGAUCGAGUACGAUGUCUCCAUCAUGGACUCGGUGACAAACGCUUCAGGUCCUCUGCUGGUGGAGAUUGCCAAGGCGCCUGGAGCCAAUCUGGGAAUCACUCUGACCACUGCCAUGCACAGGAACAAACAGGCCAUCGUCAUCGACAAGAUCAAACCCGCCAGUGUGGUGGACAGGUCCGGAGCGUUACACGUGGGUGAUCAUAUCUUGUCUAUAGACGGCACGAGCACAGAGCACUGCUCCGUCCUGGAGGCCACGCAGCUGCUGGCCAGCACUACUGAUCAGACCAAACUAGAGAUCCUCCCCGCACACCAAACACGCCUGCCCGGGAAACCCCAGGACACUGUGAAAGUUCAGAAAAGUGACCACCCGCACUGCUGGGACCCCUGUGUGAACUACUGCCAUUCUCAACAUCCUGGUCACUGUAAGACAUCGACAUGGACCUCUGCUUCCAGUAAUCCAUCCAGCUCUCAGGAUUACUGCAAAUCGGUAGUCUGCACUAACUUCUCUCCUGGGUCCACUACCACAUCAGGCAUGACCAGCCAGGGUUCCAGCACGCUGCCCCGGGCCGCUCCUCCCAUGAGCCCACGGAACUCUAUGCUAAAGAGACGACAAAGGAAAAAAGAGCACAAGAGCUCAUCUGUGUCUUUAGCCUCAAGUUCUGUGGGCCCUGGUGGUCAGAUAAUACACACCGAGUCCAGUGAGGUCACUCUGAGAGGAGAUCCUCUAAACGGGUUUGGGGUUCAGCUGCAAGGUGGAAUAUUUGCGACGGAGACCCUCUCUGCACCCCCUCUUAUUCGCUUUAUAGAGCCGGACAGCUCGGCCGAAAGGUGUGGGCUUCUCCAGGUUGGAGACAGAGUCUUAUCCAUCAAUGGAAUUCCUACAGAAGAUGGAACGCUGGAGGAGGCCAAUCAGCUGCUCCGGGAUGCUGCUCUGGCCAAUAAGGUCACGCUAGAGAUUGAGUUUGAUGUGGCAGAAUCUGUUGUGCCUAGCAGUGGAACAUUUCAUGUGAAGCUGCAGAAGAAAAGAGGAGUGGAUCUGGGCAUCACAAUCAGUGCCAGUAAGAAACCAGGAGAGCCUCUUAUCAUAUCUGACAUUAAAAAAGGCAGCAUGGCACACAGCUUCAGCAUGUUGCUAGAAAAGUUCCUUUUCUGUUAUGAGGUGAAACACAACGAGCAGGAGUCGUCAGGCUCCAUCAUCUACACGGUGGAGCUGAAGAGGUUCGGCGGCCCGCUGGGCAUCACCAUCUCCGGCACCGAGGAGCCCUUUGACCCCAUCAUCAUCUCAGGCCUGACCAAGAGGGGUCUCGCUGAGAGGACUGGAGCCAUUCACGUUGGCGAUCGCAUUCUGGCCAUCAACAGCGUCAGUCUGAAGGGGAAGCCGCUCAGUGAAGCCAUACACCUGCUGCAGAUGGCAGGAGAAACCGUCACCCUCAAGAUCAAGAAACAGACCGACACACCAGAUGAUAAAAAUAAAGAGAACGAUCUGGAUAACGAGCUCAGUGAUAACGAGGAUGAGAUGACCGACUCGCAGAAGACCAAUAAACUGUCGGACCUUUAUUCCACCACCAUCCCCAGCAUGGAUUCGGCCAUGGAGUCAUGGGACGGCUCAGGAAUCGACGCCGGAUACAGCAGCCAAGGUGCCUACAUCCAUCAGGCUGCUGGGAUUGCGUUACACCCUCACGAAUGGCGUAACACCAAGCAGAGGAACAGCACGUCUCCUCCAACCCGCCGCAAAAACUACCCCUUCAGUGACGGGGGAUUCAGUGAGGACGACUGGGAUAAAGCUGCCGGAUACAGCAGCCAGAUGCAUGCCGACGGCCUCGUGUUGGAGCAGGAGGACAGUUUCUGGUGCCAGGCCCUGGAAGACCUGGAGACCUGCGGCCAGUCUGAGCUACUGCGCGAGAUCGAGGCAUCAAUAAUGACCGGCAGUGCCCUGAGUUUGGGUGUAGAGGGUGGAAAGGCCCACGGCGAGACAGUCAGCCAACCUCACCUCAGCCCUCUGAGAAAAGCCCCGCAUCUCCUGAACGAGACCAAGAACAAGAGCACGCUCCGCAUGUCCGAGAAGACCUGGGAGUCACGGAGGAUCAAAGAAGAGAUUCAGGACAUCCUGUCGCCCACACCGCUAGAGCUGCACAAGGUGACUGUGAUGAAGGACCCAGAAAGCGAUGACUUUGGAUUCAGCGUAUCGGACGGUUUCUUGGAAAAGGGUGUUUAUGUGAACAUGAUCAGACCUGAGGGUCCAGCGGACCGCUCUGGACUCAAACCGUACGACAGGAUCCUUCAGGUGAACCACGUGCGGACACGAGAUUUCGACUGCUGCUUAGCUGUGCCGCUCAUCACAGAGGCCGGAGACAGACUUGAGCUGGUGAUUAGCCGAAACCCAUUAGUACAGCCGGGUGUCGCCCAGCCCCACGACUGCCAUCCACACUUCAGCACCGUAGGCCAUUCCCGCGAGCACCAGACCAACACGCUGGACCUGUGACCACUGGGUAACUCAGACUAUGACCACACCAGACCAUUUGUUGCAACAGACAGUCAGAAGGAGCCAUGAUUCACUGCUUUCAUUACAAAACUCAAAUGAACUCAAAUAUCCAGAUUAUAAGGAGUGAUCGUGGAAAUGAAACAACAAAAGAUUUGAGCCAGUUUUCAGUGCUAAAUUCGAAAGGAUCUGAGCCAGUUUUUUUUUUUUAUCAAUAAUUUUGGACUACUACAAUGCAUACACCAUACAUGUACUUCACCCCAUCAAAACUA